UGACGAUAUGUAAAUUUACAUGUGCCGGUGAUAUUUUAUCAUAUUAUUAUUAUAUGUUAAUAUGUUAAUAUUUUGUGAUAAUAAGUACAAUAUAAAAACAGAAUCUCUUUGUGACUAUCAUUCGAGUAUCGCAACUUAACAGUUAUCUACAAUGGCGGAUUGUGGUUGCAUUAAUCCCGGAUACUAUGGGCCCUAUUUGGGUAACAAUUGUGGAGCAGGCAACUUCAUUGUUUUUAUGAGUUUAGUUGAUGCUAUAAUAAGAAAUACGUGUGAUAUAUCAGAUAUCUGUGGAAGAGUUCAAGCCAGACACGAGCCAGACCCAUCUUAUGAUUUUAUUGUAAUAGGUGGUGGAAGUGGUGGAUCGGCUGUGACUGGACGUCUCGCAGAACAUCAAGACUCUAGAGUUUUACUUAUAGAAGCUGGAGUUGACGAGCCUGAAACCUAUCAAGUACCUGGACUGAUUUUGCAAUAUUACACUAACCCGAUCGUGGACUGGAACUAUCGUACCUCCGACGAACCUGUGGCAUGUCAAGAAAAAAAUGGUAGCUGCACUUGGUUAAGAGCUAAAAUACUAGGAGGAUGCUCUGUAAUUAAUGGAAUGAUGUUCACAAGAGGAACUCCACCAGAUUUUGAUAAGAGGUGGAGUGGCGAAGGCAUUAAAGGUUGGACCUGGAACGACGUCCUGCCAUUCUUUAGGAAAUUUGAACAUAAUUUACAGCCUUCAGAAUAUGACUCUGACUACCAUGGUUACGGUGGACCGGUUACUGUGUCUAAUCAAUAUUAUUUACACGACAUAGCAAAAGCCGUUGUCGAAGGAGCUGCAGAAGCUGGUUUUCCAAUUUCCAAAGAUUUAAAUGGUAAAGACUAUACCGGAUUUGCUAAUCCGCAGUCUUAUGUUAAAGAUGGUUCCAGAGUUAGUAUGGCUAAAGCCUUCCUUAGACCUCAAAGAAAUAAUCCAAACUUGCACGUGAUGUUGAACUCUACUGCGACCCGCAUCCUAUUCGACGGCAAUAAAACAGCUUACGCAGUCGAAUUUGUUUACAACAACCAAACCUUCACAGUUAAAGCUAACAAAGAAAUCAUUUUAUCUGCAGGAACAAUGAACUCACCUAAAAUUUUAUUACAAUCUGGAGUCGGACCAAAAGACGCUUUGGACGCUGUUGGAAUUGAACAGAUUCAUAACUUACCUGGUGUAGGACAAAAUUUAAGUAACCAUGUAGCUUUCAGUAUGAAUUACUGGGUUAACAGUACAGUUGAUACUAGAAUUAUUACAUGGCAAACUUUACAGGAUUACAUUCUAAGAAGAACUGGACCUCUGGCUAGCUCAGGACUUGCUGUUACCAGUCGACUGCCAUCUAAAUAUGCAACUGCUGAUGAUCCAGAUAUUCAAAUGUUCUUCACCGUGAGUCAAACUACUUGCUCACCAGAUGGCGAAGUUGAUGAACCAAUUGAUCCAACUGAUCCUCAAAAACCACAACAUGUUUCUAUCAGUGCUGUUAAUUUACACACCAAGAGUCGUGGUAGAAUUACGUUAAAGUCUAACGAUCCACUUGCACCUCCACAUAUGGUAGGAAAUUACUUAACAGUAAAAGAAGAUCAAGAUAGACUUAUUGAUGCCAUAAGACUGGUUCAAAAGCUUACAAGCAGCCCAACUUUAAAAGACAAAUGGCAAUUUGUUUAUGAAAAUGUCACUCACGGCACCUGUGCUGACCAAUACACCUUUGACUCUGAUGAUUACUGGCGCUGUGCUAUCCUCUACAACACUGGUCCGGAAAAUCAUCAAGCUAGUACACUUCGUAUGGGGUCCACAGAUGAUGAAUGGUCUGUUGUAGAUGAAGAACUUAGGGUUAUAGGUCUCCACAAUUUGAGAGUAUCGGACGCUUCGGCUAUGCCUGUGGUUACCAGCUCUAAUACUAAUGCUCCAACUGUCAUGAUUGCCGAGAGAUGCGCUAACUUUAUCCACCAAAGGUGGGGACAUAAUAUCUAAGCAUUACUUUAUACAUGAAAUUAUUGAUAUUAUAUUAUUUUAUAAUCUUAAUAAACUAGAAUUUUUUAA